AUGAGAACAGACAACCUGACCUGGGUAAGUGAGUUUGUCCUUAUGGGGCUCUCCAGUGAUAGACAACUCCAAGCUGGCUUCUUUGUCCUCUUUGGAACUGCUUAUCUGCUAACCAUGUUGGGUAAUGGGCUCAUCGUCCUCCUGAUUGUGUUGGACUCCCGAUUGCACCUGCCCAUGUAUUUCUUCCUCUGCCACCUGUCGGUGGUGGACAUCGUCUACACCUCCAGUGGGGUACCCCAGAUGCUGGUACACUUUCUCCAGGAAAAGAAGACCAUCUCCUACAGCCGCUGUGCAACACAACUCUUCUUCUCUCUAGGCCUGGGGGGUACAGAGUUCUUGCUGCUUGCAGCCAUGGCCUAUGACCGCUAUGUGGCCGUGUGUCAACCACUUCACUAUGUGGUCACCAUGAGCCCGAGGCGCUGUGGGGCACUGGCAGCAGUCUCCUGGUGUGUGGGCCUGGUUAACUCUGCUGUAGAGACGGCAGUGACCAUAAGCCUGCCCACUUGUGGGCACAACGUGCUGAACCACGUGGCCUGUGAGACACUGGCCCUUGUCCGGCUGGCCUGCGUGGACAUUGCCCUCAAUCAGGUGGUCAUAGUGGCUUCCAGCGUGGUGGUGCUGCUCAUUCCCUGCGUGCUGGUGUCUCUGUCCUAUGCCCACAUCGUGGCUGCCAUCCUGCGCAUCCGCACAACUGGGGGGCGUCGUAAGGCCUUCGGGACCUGUGCCUCUCACCUCACCGUGGUCUCAAUGUCCUAUGGGAUGGCCCUGGUUACCUACAUGCAGCCCCGUUCCACAGCCUCAGCAAAUCAGGAGAAGGUAGUGGUGCUCUUCUAUGCUGUGGUGACCCCCAUGUUGAACCCCCUCAUCUACAGUUUGCGCAACAAGGAGAUGAAGGCUGCUUUGAGUCGCGUUCUGAUGAGGAGCUCUGAGUCAAAACACUAA